AUGCAACAACAAUAAAGAUAAGAAAAUUAGCACUCUAACAUUUCUUUUCCUAAUGAGAAUCAAAUAAUCCUAUAAAAAUUAAUCCAUCUUUUAUAAAAUAAAUAGAGAAAACCAAAGCCUUAAUUUGAACAAAAAAAUGAUGAAGAGGAGAAUCAUUUUGAUACCCUUUUGGAAUAUAGAGAGAAUGGCUCUCAUCUAUCAUAAUAAUAAUCCACAGAUACUUAUUAAACUUACAUUUCAAUUAAUAUUUCUGAUUAUGAAGCUCUAGUGUUAAAAAAGAUUCUUUAGGAUCUAUUAAGAGAUGCUUUAUUGUAAUAAUCAGAUUAUGAGAAAAAAUAAUAAGUGCAUUCAGACUUAUAAUAUUAAUAAUACUCUUCUCUUAUUUAUGAUCCUUAAUAAAGCAGCAAUUCAGAUAUUGUUUAAUCUACAGAAUAUGAGGAUUUAGACGACAAUAAAAAGACAAAGAAUUUAAAAAUCUUGAAUACAAAAUAAUUAUUAAAUAGUUUUUUAAAUAUGAAAAAAAGAUAUGAAAAAUAUUUAUAAGAGAUUGUGAGUACAAAACAGACUAAUAAUAAUAGAGUUCGUGUUAGUAAAUUAAAAAGUAAUAUUCCUAAAUUUUUAAAUUAAUAAAAAAUUAUGCAUUAGGAAAAAAUAAUUCUUGUGUAAUGUAGAUAAAUGAUGGAAGAAUACGAAUUAAUAUUCUAAUAAUUUGAUUAAGAAAUAGAGGAGUUAAAUCAAUUAUAUAUUAAAUGA